CUGGAUAUAAUCCCAUCAGGAUUGGCGAAAACGCUUGACUUCGCUCAUUUGGCCGAUACCAAGAAUCUUCACGGCCUUGAUAGAGGUUUUGUUGAGUAUUUCAGUGGUAAGUCAGCGUCACUCUUCUGA